AAUAAAUACCUAUAAGCCAACUCAGAAAGUGUUUGUUGAUUUUUCUUCUCUAUAUCCUCCUCCAUACACAUCUAUUUCUCCCUCAUAACAUAUCUAGCUUUUUGGUGAUUAAUAUCACUUCUCCUCUCCAAUAACAUUUAUUUUCUUUCAUUGUACUUGUCUUUUAUCUUAAUUGUAGGCAUAUUCUCAUAUUUUUGAACAAAAGGAUUUCUGGGUUUUGUUCAUUUGGAUAAAUUCUCAAGUGGGUAUCUCUUAAUUUUUUAAAAAAUAAAGUAAAAUAGGAUGAAAAUUCAGUGUGAUGUUUGUGAGAGAAAUCCAGCAACUGUGAUAUGUUGUGCAGAUGAAGCUGCACUUUGUGCUAAGUGUGAUACAGAAGUUCAUGCAGCUAAUAAGUUAGCUAGCAAACAUCAGAGACUUCAGCUUAAUUGUCUUUCUACCAAACUCCCUACUUGUGAUAUUUGUCAGGAGAAAACUGCUUUUAUAUUCUGUGUAGAAGACAGAGCUCUUUUCUGUCAGGAUUGCGACGAAUCUAUUCACGCAGUCAGUACUCUAGCCGCGAACCAUCAGAGGUACCUAGCAACUGGAAUACGUGUAGCCUUAGGCUGUCUUUCUCGAUGCAGAAACGACAAUGAAAAGAUCUGUAAAGAGCCAUCAAACCAGAAUGCACAUCAACUUUCCUUAAAACAAACCGUUCAACUGCCUCCCAACUUCUCGCCUACGUCUUGGGCUGUUGAUGACUUGUUGGAGUUCUCCGAAUUCGAUUCUUCUAAUAAGAAAGGGCAGCUUGAGCUAGGAGAGUUCGACUGGUGGUCCGAUGUAAAUCUGUUCGGUGAGCAAAUGGCUCAAGAAGCCUUGGCAGCAGCGGAAGUUCCUCAACUUCCGAUGUCACUACCAAGCAACCAUACGAUCCAAUACAGACCGACCAAAACCAGUAUGCCCAACAAAAAGCCACGAGUCGAGAUUCCCCUUGAUGAUGACGACGAGUACUCAAUCGUCCCUGAUCUAGGUUGAUCUCUAUACAUCUCUAUGAAAGUUGAAUGUUUGCGAAAAUGGGAUCGAGCUCGAAAUCGAAUAAUGCUCAUCAGAAUGUUUGAUUUGUAAAGUGUUUACAAGUAUGUGUAAGAAGUAACUGAUAUAUAGGUACUGAUUCAAUGAUAUUUCUGUUGUGUUCUUAGACAGACCUAUUGAACACUAAUAUCUAAAAUAUGCAUGAAAGACUUCUUGUUCCAACAAAUGCAAAAUCAGGGCCACACCUAAGAUCUGAGAGACUCA